AUGGCAACAGCAGGUCAUCAGAUAAGAAAUUUUCGCAUUGGUCGAAUGGAACAGAGUGAUGCAUUGGGAAAUGAUUACCACGAUGCUGCCAGAAAUGGAAAUAAGAAGAAAUUAAAGAAAAUAAUUGAAAGAGGUAUUCAAGUUGAUUACCCAAAUGAUCAGGGCCAGUCUCCUUUGUUUAUUGCCUGCUUUGAAAAUGAACCAUCUGCAUGUGAUUUAUUGCUUAGGAAUGGAGCCAAUCCAAAUGAGAGGAGUAAUGAUGGAACCACACCUGUACAUAUGGCUUCAUAUUCAGGUAAUGUCAAACUUUUAUCUGAUGUGUUAGCUUCAGGAGGAGAUCUGCGCUUCCAUGAUAAUUAUGGACGAACAACAAAAGACUGGGCACUUUGUCAACCAGAACCAAAGAAAAGACUGAAAAUGCUUGAAUUCCUAGAGAAGACAAAGUUAUUUGCAAUGACAACUACUGGAAGAGAUAUAAGAGCUGGCAACAAGAUGUCGAGUCAUGUACAUGUAAAUAAGAACAAUUCAUUGAUGCAUAUUAUAAUGAACAAAAUUAAAGGUGGAAUUGAUGCGAAUAUUGAUCAGUUAAAGAGCUCUCACAGUAUGGGAUUCGGAAAGGUGUAUUUAGAUGGUGACUCAAGUAGUGGCUUUAUGACAAGUAUACCAUUGAUAUCAGAGAGCUGCCUCAAGCACAGCAGUGACGGAAUAACAUUUGAAAAUGGGGCUUUUAUGGUAAUGGAAAGUAUGUUAUGGCAGUCUACUAAAGUAACAGCCAAAAGAUUACAUCGCGAGGCUGAAGCAGGUGGAGAAGUAGACUUACUUAUUACUGAGGCAGAAUUUGUUGGGAAGUUGCGACAUCCAAAUGUUUUGCUAUUGAUGGGGAUCUGUCAGACAAACAAUCUAGAUGGAAUGGUUUUAUUGUUUGAGAAUGUCAGUUUGGGAUCUCUUUAUUAUCAUUUACAUGAAAAGUGCGAACGAAUGUCAACCAACUUGGUACAUGAAAUCCUGGUACAGAUAUGUAAUGGUAUCAUCUUUGUACAUGACCAGAAUUUAUUGCAUUGCUACAUUACAUCACAUGCUGUUCUCCUUGUGUCACCUCAUACAGCUAAACUUGGAAACCUGGAAUAUGCUAUUGAAAAGGGAAAAAGUGAGGUCGGAAAAAGAUCUUUAGUAGUGACGAACAAGCACCAAAAUGCAGCCUACAACUGGAUGUCUCCAGAGAUCAUUAGUGGGUCUUGUCCUUCUGAAGCUUCAGAUAUGUACAGCUUUUGUGCCGUCAUGUGGGAAUGUUUUGAAAAUCUGAUUCCCUGGGAAAGCUGUGAUGCAGCAUCAAUUAGACAUAAAAUGUUUAAUGAUGGAGAGCAAUUGACACUGAAUACAGGAAGGACACCUCAGUUAUUUCUAACUCUGAUGGAAUAUGGUUUACAGCUGGACCCUCAACACCGUCAGCUGAGUUUCAACCAUGUCCGAGAUAUCUUGGGAUUGUCAACUGAAAAAGUAAAGCAAUAUAUCUCCAAUCUUUUGCCAAAAGAACAACCAUUUGACAGCAACAGAGAAACUUUCACACAACAGGAAUCAUCCAGAUCUAGGCAACGGUCUAGCAGAGGAAAAGGGAGAGAUGAAAUGAGACAAGAGCAAAUGCCACAUUCCAGUGAAAAACCUCAGCGUCCCAAAAAACAACCUGUUGGACAAAAAGUAAAACGGCAUGAUCAAAACCAGUCAAGUAAAGAAACAAAACCCAGGAAUGGAAGUCAUCCUACAGGUGCAAAUAGUUCCCCAGCAAAAGGAUACGAGUACAUGUCUAAGGAUGGUGUUUCUUUUGAUAUCAAAAAGACACAUUGGGAUUUACAGGAGGGACAAAAUCAUCAUGAGUAUUUCUACAGGGUCAAAGUUUUACCAAAGAAAGAAAACAUCAGCAAUUAUCAACAAGAUUACAGUCAAGAUCAGCAGGUAUGUGAUGAGAAACACAACCAGCAAAUAGUGAAUCACAGACAACUGCAACAGCAACACCAUCCAGUGGAAUUGUAUGAAAAGCAUCACCCGCAGCAAGGGUAUGAUCCUCGAUGUCCUCAACAAGGGUAUGGUGAACAACACUUUCAGCAAGGCUAUGACCAAGACUUAUAUGAAAAGCAUCCACUUGAGCAGGGGUAUCAUAAGCCACAUCACAAACAAGAAUAUAAUAAACAACAACACCAGCUGCAGGAGCAGCGAAGGUAUGACCAAAUGACUUGUGAUCAACAGUGUGAAAACAUGCAGUAUGGUCAGUAUGAACCUGAAAAUGAAGGGGCUUAUCCUGACAAAGUCAUCAGUAACAUCACAUCCAGUGAAAGUGAGGAGUCAUGCAGUACUCAAACAAGCUCCAGUCAAGAUGCAGAUCAUCAACUAAAUUCAAGCCUUGCAAAGCCAUUAGCUACUAGAUUUAGCUACCUACAGAUUCAGCAGGUCAAGAGCCCAACAGGGGUCAGUGUCAAACCAGCUAGUCAUUGUACAGCACCUUUUGAAGUAAUAGAGAAAGAUACUGAAAAAAAUCUCAGUACUGCUGGAAGUGUAUUUGCUUUAUACAACAUGGACUGUUUUGAAGGAAAUGAAAGUACACCAAACAGAAAAUCAAUUGCUGUACAGAAUCAGCAUUACAGCACUAUGCCCAGAAAGAGGAAAAGAAUGGGAAUGACACCUGAACUUAGGAAGGAAACACAAAUGUUGCUGAAACAACCAGGGAGUGUUCGUAAUUUGGUGGACUUAUACCAGCAUCAGGAAAGCAGUCACAAGUUGAAGCAGGCAGUUUUACAUGGAAAUAUAAAGGACUGCAUGGAUGGAGAUAAUUGCAUUUAUCCAAAAUUGGAUAAGCAAGAUAUCAGCAGUGAAAAAGAUAUGAAAAUCUCAAACGACUACAACAAUCAUGGAACGGAGCAGCAAAAUCAUUCAGGUGGCAAAUCCAACAGAAAAGUGAGGAAUUCAACAUCCCCAGCAAAACAGUAUGAGGAAAAUUAUGCACCUCCGUCUUCUGUCAAAGAUGUUAUGAACAGCAGUAGCCUGACUACUGUCUCACCCUGUGAUAGUGGUUCAUCUUUGUGUGACAACAGCAGUGUUGCCUCUGAACUCAUUGAGAAAUGGGUGACAAAUGAAAUAAUAAAAGUGAGGAACUCAAUGAGUGAAGAAAUUUUUCAUGCUUUGGAUAUAAAAGAAAAUAUCACAUCGAAUGCAAGAAUAAGGAGUCCUUUGUUUGAUGAUAGCCCACAGUGUGAUUCUAUUCCUUCCAAUGUGAAAGCAAAGAAAGUGAAUAAGAUGGGAAAGAAGGCAGAGGUUGAGGAAUUUUAUUUUGAUGAUGAACUAUGUCAAGACGUAGAACAAAGUAACAUACAACUGCAUUCACCAGUAUCAACUUCCCCAGCUUCGUAUGGACUCAAGGCACGUAGAAGUUCCUUUAUCAUCACACCUCAAAAUUGCAAUGAAAUUGGAGAAAAAAAACUGAGAGAAGGAACAAUGUACAACCAAGGUCUUUGUAUAGAACAAUAUCAGCAAGCUAUUUGCCCAGGUCCAGUAACAAAACUGCAGAAUGAAAGCUCCACCAAGAGAAGACCUGCUUAUGUCAGCACUGUUACAAUUUCUUCCAAUCUAAAGGAUCCCGAACAACAUGAAAUAACCCACACGAUAACAGAUCUAGACAAUGGUGCAACCAAUACUAUGUAUAAAAAGUCUAUCAGAGCCUCACGAGUGGUUUCUUCACUAUUUGAACAGUGA